UGUGACUGUAGACACGUUUAAAGAGGAGAAUCCAAUAACAUAAUCUGCUGAUCACAAAUAAACACAACACCCCAAAUCAGUGAGGACUGCAGGAUAUAUAUAAACAUAUAUUUAUAAAUACAGCCCAAGAUUAGUGACCUGUCUAGCAUCAAUAUGAGUUCAAAGGGUGGCACUGCACUGUCCCGACGCAACUAUCGCUUGGCAUCUGACAUAGAUAAACCCAAAGUUACAGGUAUUGUCAAUGAGAAGUUGUUGAGCGAUUAUCUGCAUCAUGUGUUUCCUGUCUCUGGUAAGCAGGGGCCAGUGUCGGCGACAUACAGAAAAUCUAUGACAUUCCAGGAUCUUGGAGCCCAUCUGGAGAAGCUGCUGGCUGACGAUAAACACACAGAAGACGACAGAGAUCAGGUAGAAGGUUGUCUUGGACCUUCGACUGUUGUCCUGGAUCACAGCAGUGGGUUUGAAGGCUUGUUAUUUGUUGAUGAUGACCUUUUGGGGGUUAUCGGCCACAGCAACUUCAGCUCCAUCAGAGCCACCACAUGUGUUUACAAAGGGAAAUGGGUGUAUGAAGUUCUCAUCUCAUCUCAAGGCCUGAUGCAAAUUGGAUGGUGCACAUUGAACUGCAGGUUCAACCAAGAGGAAGGCGUUGGCGACACACCGGACUCGUACGCCUACGACGGAAACCGAGUUCGCAAAUGGAACGUGACAACCACCAAUUACGGGAAGUCUUGGGCUGCUGGGGAUAUCGUCAGCUGUUUGAUAGACUUGGACGAAGGAACGAUUACAUUUUGUCUAAACGGACAGUCCCUAGGUAUUGCAUUCAGUAGUAUUAAGAUGGGACCGGGCGUCGCAUAUUUUCCUGCCAUCAGUCUUUCGUUCAAAGAAUCUGUAGCCUUCAACUUCGGCAGCCGUCCUCUCAGGUACCCUGUUGAAGGCUACCUUCCUCUGCAAAGCCCACCAUCAGCUGACCUAAUCAAAGCCAACAGGCUUCUGGGAUACCUCAAGACUGUUCUGGCCACCUCUAUUGACACACAGGAUGAAAAGCUUGUUGAGAAAGACAGCACAUCUUGGCAGAUUCUUGGUGAUCCAACGAUCCUGGUCACCCUAGCGCAUAUAUUUAAGCACUUUGCACCUCUUAUGUGUAAGGUCUACUUGGUGGAAGAUGUGCUGAUGAACUUCCUGUUGGGUAUUCUGGAGGGUGGCGGAUCCGUGGACGAACAUCCACUUGUACAACAACUGUUAGAACUUUUCUGGCUUCUCAUGGAGGACUACGAAGUGAACGAGUGUUUGAAGCAGCUGAUGAUGUCAUUGCUAAGAGCCUAUCGUUUCUCUCCCAUCAUCCCUGACCUUGGCUUUCAGAUUCAUUACCUUCGUUUGACCACAGCAAUCCUCCGUCAUGAGAAGUCCAGGAAGUUCCUGCUGAGCAACGUUCUGUUUGAUGUGCUGCGGUCUGUGGUCUUCUUCUACAUCAAGACCCCUCUGAGGGUGAAGGAAGCGGGGCUAGAGGAGCUCAUCCCAACCACAUGGUGGCCAACAUGCUUCGACAAAGAGGGCAAAGAUGAGAGAGACACUCGCGAGGAGACGGCAGAUGAGAGGCUGAGACGCCGAGCGUAUGAGCGUGGCUGUCACAGGCUCAAAAAGAGGAUUGAGGUUGUGGAGGAGUUACAGGUUCAGAUCCUCAGGCUAAUGCUAAACAACAAAGACAAAGGCACGGGAGAUGCAUCCCGAUACAUUUUCCUGAACAAAUUCCGCAAGUUCCUUCAAGAGAACGCCAGCAACCGAGGGAACCCCACAGUGUUGUGUCCUCCUGAAUACAUGGUGUGUUUCUUACACCGGCUCAUCGCGGCCAUCAGGAGUUACUGGGAUGAAGGCAAGAGGAAAAUUCCAGGAUCAAUCAGCAGUGAAGAUGCCUACGUGCCCCCUCAACUCUUCUACAACGGGAAGGUUGAAUACUUUGACCUUCAACGGUUGGGAGGGCUUCUCUCGCAUUUGAAGAAAACACUCAAAGAUGACCUCGCGGCAAAGGCCAACAUCAUCAUAGACCCAGCGGAGAUCCAGUCCACCUCCAUGGAUGAUCUGGAUGAGGAUGAGGAGACUGGAGCUGCCCAGAGACCAUCUGGCGCUGUUGCCAUGGGUGGUGCUUUGGCCCGGCCCAGCUGGUUAAGUUCCCCGACGCUUGGCAGAGCCAACCGCUUCCUGAGCACCGCUGCCGUCAGCCUCAUGACCCCUCGACGACCUCUUGCUCCACUUGAGAAGGUCAAGGUCCGGACUCUUGCUGUUGAGCAGCGGACAGAGGAAGACAUCGAGGGAAGCCAUGGUAACGAUGGCCUGUUGCUGGGGCGACCGUUAGAAGAGCCCGACCAGCCAAUCACAGAGAAGUCCCUGUUGGAGAUUCUGGAUGGAGUUGUGAUGAUGUACAAUCUGAGCGUCCAUCAACAGCUUGGCAAGAUGGUGGUCGUAUCUGAUGAUGUUCAUGAAUACGCCAUCGCCCUCAAAGACACAGAGGAGAAGAUCUGCCGAUGCCCUAGCAGAAGACCGGAUAUUCUAGAAGAGUUGCAAAAGAGCCAAAAAGUGUUUGCUGAGAAGCUGAACCACCUGAGUCGUAGGUUAGCCUGGAUCAACGCUACCAUCUACUCCAAGGAGAAGAUGUUGGAUGUGUACUGGCUCCUACGAGUGUGUAUCCGCACUAUCGAGCAUGCAGAUAGCACUGGCUCUCUUUUCGCCUUCAUGCCGGAGUUCUACCUCAAUGUGGCCAUGAACAGCUACAGCGCACUCAAGAACUACUUCAGCCCCUCCAACUGUAUGGAAGAACUUCCUGGUUAUGAGGACACACUCGCACAGCUUGCGGCUAUACUCGCCAAACACUUUGCAGAUCCACGUAUCGUCGGGACGGAUAUCAAAGACUCACUCAUGCAAGCUUUGGCCAGUUAUGUGUGUUACCCACAGUCAUUGCGUGCUGUUGAGAGGAUUCCAGAGGAGCAGCGAAUGGCUAUGAUGAGGAACUUACUGGCUCCGUAUGAACAGAGACCCUGGGCUCAAACCAACUGGAUCCUGGUUCGUCUUUGGAGGGGUUGUGGCUUUGGGUACAGAUACACUCGACUGCCUCAUUUGCUGAAGACCAAACCCGAGGACGCCAACCUGCCCAGCCUACAGAAGCCAUGCCCAUCACUUCUGCUGCAGAGACACAUGGCUGAGCUGCUCAGUCAGGAUAAAGAAAUGGCUGCCAGCUUCCUCAACAGUGUCUUAAACCAGCUCAACUGGGCCUUCUCUGAAUUUAUCGGCAUGAUACAGGAGAUCCAGCAGGCUGCCGAGCGACCGGAGAGAAACUUUGUGGAUACAAGGCAGCUGAAAGUGUGUGCGACCUGCUUUGACCUCUCUGUCAGUCUGUUACGGGUUCUAGAAAUGACCAUCACUCUAGUGCCAGAAAUAUUCCUGGACUGGACCCGCCCCUCUGCUGAGCUGCUGCUACGUCGAUUGGCUCAGCUCCUGAACCAAGUGUUAAAUCGAGUUACGGCAGAACGAAACCUGUUUGACCGAGUGGUCAACUUGCGUCUUCCAGGCCUGGAGAGCGUUGAUCAUUACCCCAUCUUAGUGGCUGUUACGGGGAUAUUAGUGCGCAUUCUGGUAGACUCAGACAAGCAUGGAAUCUUACGGGCUUCUUCGGUGCUGUUGUCAGAUCCUUGUUUCCAGCUUCGGUCCAUCCAGUACCUGCUCGGAGAGGGGGAUGGCGGAGCAACCGGCGCUGAUCGCAAACACUUCUCUCUUCACGCAUAUACAGACUACAUCAGCACAGAGGAGCAGCAGAAGGUAGAACAGAUGCUGGCUUUCCUGACGGACGAGUCAAAAGAGGCAGCAGCCAGCACUGCACUACCCAGUGAGGAUGAUCUCUGCCCAAUCUGCUAUGCACACUCCAUAUCGGCCAUCUUCAAGCCCUGCUCCCACAAAUCCUGCAAGGCCUGUAUCAAUCAACACUUGAUGAAUAACAAGGACUGCUUCUUCUGCAAGGCCACUAUCACUGGAGUGGAUGAUUACACCAAACCGACCUCCUCUUAGCAUGCUCUUCACUCACACCAAGUGUUAAAAAACUUUGGGUACUGAAAAUCAACAUGACAUACACUUUCCCCAAAGACACACAAAAAAUAUACAAAAGCUGACUGGAAUCAUUGUUUCCACCACAACUUGAUCCACUCUGACCUCCAAACCCUUGUAAAAUCACUUCUGUGUACUUCCACGUUCAACCUGUUUGUUUGUUCUGCCAAGUUAACCCCUCUGUAUUGGUAUAUCAUCACAUUUUGUCCUCUGGUGAAUGGAACGAGGCUUGAGGGCAACAAUCUUUCCCAGGUGUCUUUGUGGUGAAUGGAAGAGAUGGUGAGUUGCCGGCUCGUGGCCAUUGUGACAGAACAGCAGUAAAGCUGAAACUGGAAGAUCCCCUGACAGUGAUGGAGUAGAAGACUGAUAGGAUACAGCAAAGAGGAAAUGACAAAUCCUCCUUCAGAUGGACAAUGUUCCAUCCUACUCAGUCCAUUGUUCCAAUGCCUUCUCUUCCUUCUAGCCCUUUUCCUACUUCAUCUUUCUCUUCACUUGACUUCUUUUUCUCCCCUUAA